AUGACUGCGGCGCAGGAGGCUCGGGAUGUAUGGUACGAGGAAAUGGUAGCCAAUGCUACUCUGCCUGCGCUGGCGCCUAUGGAAGCUACCUGGAAUACUUCUGAGUACAAUGACUUGACGAUUACGGCUCCCUAUGCUUCUCCAGCGAGUGGUCGAAAGACGACCGACGCGCAGUAUCAAGACGCCUGGACGCAUUAG